CUUUUCUGAAUUCACCGUCGUUGAAGGUGGGCGCCGAUAACUGGCACGUAAAGGCCAGUGAAAAUAUUAGAGCUUAUACAAGUGAGCAAGCACAUAGGCCAGUGAAAAUAUUGAACCUUAUACAAGUGAGCAUCUGAAACUUGAACCGUCCCGUGGCGGAUUCAUCAACGUGAAAUUCACACGAAGAACAGCCACGCGGUAUUGCAAUCGGACAUCUGCCGACGUGAUCGCACACAGAAGUGCACCAAAAGUCGAGUGGGAAAAGGAUUUCCACCAAACGACAGGAUUAAACCAUUUCGCAUACUAAACACCCAAGGCACGCACAAAGCAGCAGCCGAUCGACGAUCGUGCCCGCACAGAAAGGCUCUCUACGGAGGGACUUUUUAUUACGUCAUCUGGAUCUAUCAAGCAUUAAAGCUGAUCAUGCGGGUGGGCGAAAUGGCCCUCAUCGACAAGGUCAAACGAGAAAUGAUUGUGGCGCAGUCGAAAGCAGGGGAGAAAGAGGCGUGAGAAUUAAAUCCCAAGUGAUCGGAACAACGAUCAACACAACGGUGAAUGCGAGCCAGGCUCGCGAUGAACAUUAGCAUCAUCAGGUAUAGAAUGCCCUCAUCUAGGCGCUCUCGAUCAUAGCGCAUUCUGAAAACCGCACGGACAUCAUAAUUAGGAUCAUCGCACCGGGGCCCCGCUAGCGAGUCAUCAUCAGUAAAACGACGGCGAAGCUAAGCAUUGUAGCAUUGCAGUUAUUAAUGUAAUCUGCGGAUCUGGUGACUCGUUUACAUAAACAGAAACUUCGUUCGAAGAUAAGAUGUCUCACUAGCGCACUACAUUUGGCGAGUAAACAAGGUAUGUCUCAAGCACACAUCAAUAUAGAUCUGACCAUGGCGGAUGCGCUCAAACUGGCUGAUAUGCAAAGGGCCAGCCUCGAAUUCGAGCGGCAGCGGCAUUUGGCCAACUGGUUAAUCGAGUCCAGUCCGCAUAUGCCCAAACCAACCCCGCAGCAGCAGCAGCAGCAACAACAACAGAAACAGCAGCAGCUCAACAAGAAAGGGAAAUUCAAACAAAAUCCCAUCUUUUUCCUAGCGAAAAUAAGCCAUAACAUGAACUUCAGCGGCAGUAACAAUGCACCCAUGGGGGGAAAUAAUCUGCUAGCAAGUAACUCGAUAUCUUCAACCUUCAACUCGCAGACCAAUCUGCCAUUGGCGAUCGUAUCCUCCUCGGGACGCGACGGCCACAAACCGAAACUCAGGCGAUUCAAUUCGCACGACACCAGUGCCAACAUGUUCUCAGUUGCGGAAUUCGAAAACGCCCGUUUAGCCAGGAGGAACGAACUGGAAAAUGCUGCUCUGCUUCGACAGCGACAACGUUACAAGCUGAAUUCUCUUUCCUCCGGCGGCGAUUGCUCCACCGGUGAAAGCAAAGGUUCGAAACUCAGCAACGACUCAUCCAACGAACCACUGUUUGCCGAACAAUUUCUGGAAAAGUUUUCACUACCUCGGGUGGUACGCGUAUCCUAUACCUCGAACGGGGGUAGCAGUUCCGGUGAUCAAACCAUGACCUCGUCCAGCUCGGCCGAAUCGACCAGCACUUCGGAGGGGAAGAGGAAAAAGAAAUCAUCCUUCCCGAGUCCGUCCAACGGGGAACUGUUUCUGCUGUAUCGAUUCAUGCGCAAUUACAAAAUUUACCACGCGUUCAACUCGAAGACCGGUACCAACCGGAAGAAGGGGUACAAGAUACCGCAGGAUUAUCCCGGUUACUUUUCGUUUCUCACCGAGAAAGGAUCCCAGAUGGCGACUGUGUAUACGACCAUUGUCCAGCUGGUACGGGAACGCGUUUACAAAUUCUUGUCCCUCGAGAAUCUUUCAGCCUAUACUGAAUCACAAGACAAUUUCAGCCAAAAAACUCACUACAUUAAGGCGACAGCCAAAGCCGGGCAGGUCUAUCGCUUACUAGCGGUGUUUCAGGACGGAGAUCACAAGACAUCCUCUAGUCACAAGGAUAAUGCUUCCUUGAGUGGGAGCGUUUCCAGCACCGAGAAGGAACGUGGUAAAUAUGCUCAGUUGCUCGGUGAUAAUAGACAAAUUUACUACGUUUCACUAUCCGCUAAAGGAAAAUUUUAUGAGAUCGAACAGCACACAGCACCGGUUUUGCAGAAAAGUAGCAGCUUAGGCCACCCGAGCAGCAACAGCAAGACGCCGAAGCAACUCAACCGAGAGUGUGUCCAUCGUAUCGGAUUUAUUAUGCAAUCUGAGGUGAAGCUGCCACUUAAUUUAAAACUAAUUGCCAGCAUGAGUGGGACAAGCACCGGUGGUUCCCAAAAUAAUGUGCCUGAGUACAUAACAAUCGCUAAGAUAAGCGCAGAAAACUACAUCAUUGCCUGUCCGGUGGAUGAACAAGAGCUGGCCUCAUCAUUAACUCUAACCAAGUUACAUAUCACACCACAGAUGAAGUUCACCAAAUGUUCACUGGGCUUUGACAACGAACAGCGGAUGUUCCUCAAUGCGGGAAUACAAACAGUGCUGAAAUUUUGCCAGUUUAACUGCGAAAACUUCACUCGGGUAGUCGAUAAUGACACCAACUGGAUGGAGUUGCAGCAAAUGAUCAACGCGGUUCAACAGCACCAGCAGCAGUCGUCCAAUAGUCUCAAUCAUUUGGCAACAACCGGCCUAGUCGGAAAAAGUGAAGUUCUAAAGAAGCUAAAGCUAACGCGACUGUUCGGGGGUGGUUCGGACCGGAACCAGCAUUCGUCCUCCUCUGGUCAUGAGAAAGAAGACUCGAUCAUAUUUUUGAGUAAAAAUGAACUUGAGAGCCUCGAAUGUAACCAACAACAGCAGCUAGCAUUGCAACGACAAGAUCAAGAUCAUCAACCAGUUUCGUUAUCAUCUGGACUGAGCGACAAAAUGAAAGUUUUUACACCCAGCAAGAAACGGUGGUUCAAAGGACUACGAUCCACUGGUGGCCAGAAGCGAGAAGAUGAAGUGAGCACUGAGCCCGACAAGGAUCGAGCGAGCAUUGACCGCUACCAGGACAUGUCUCGUUUAAUUCAAGAAAGAUUUGGAGAGAUGGACAUUAGUACUGUUAAUAACAGCAAGGCCAAUUCGGAUAUAGGAUAUGACGAUACAGUUAAUGAUAAUCCUGAAGAGUUGGGCAACGAAGGCGGACUUCAAAAGUGUCUUUCGUUGCAGCACAUCGAGCUGAAAAGUGGGAGUUGUAUGGAUGUACGAAACAAAACUAAACCAGAUUUGGUUAACAAUAUCAACUUGAUAGAACAAAAUCAAUCCGAAGAGGUGAUGUCCGAAUCAGAAGAUACCCUGUUCUUCCCCAUUCGAAGUGCCAAUCAGCAAUCAUUUAUGACGCAAAAGUUAUACUCAGAAUUCCACGUAAAAACCAAACAACACAGUAAAUCCCAAUCAAGUAUACAACAUCUGCUUAAUUUAGCCAGUCCGCAGCGUUCGCAAGACGGCAAGAAUAAACUAAAAUUGUGCGACAAAAAACGGUCAGAAAUAGUCCUCUCAUUUGAAGAUCUUCAAAGUCUAACCAGAGAUGAGGAAUUGUCCAACGACGGCUUACUACGAACUCAGCUCAACAUUCUAGACGACUUACCAUACAGUAGCGUCCGAGAUUCGAUCGUAUUUCAAGAAGCCGAACUUCGAACACCAUCGGAAAGUAUAUACGCUGAAAUUUGUUCCGAAAGUCCCCCGGGAUCCGCCAACGCUCACCAACAGCAGAAAGCCCCUGUCUUCCAAACCACAACAGCUCUCGUACAACCACCAACGCCACCAGCGAAGCCGGAAAAACGGUUUACCAGCAUUCGCAUUAAUGUUCCCUCUAGCGACACAUGCCAGGCAGUUAGUCUCAACCCAGCCGGAAGCCGUUGUGCAUCGGUUAUUGCUUGUCCCGUCGAAGACAACAUCUACAAUACAAUAAAAUAGUAAAAAAACUCAAAACUACACUUUCAGUUCACGCUUGACGCCUGUUAAAUCGGGUCAAAAUCGAGCUUGCCUGCUUGGCCUUAUUAGUGAGUUAUGAAUGCACAAUUUUUAACGAAUCGAACUGAACCUUGGAAAUGGCCUUUACAUUAUUCAUACCACCAAAACGAUCGAGUCAAGCAAUUGAAAACCGCUACAUUCACUUAAAAAGCUCAAAAUACGUGCCUUCAAUGUUUUUUUUAAACAUUUACGUACCUUAACAUCUCGAAGAAAAAAAGCGCCGAAAUACUGCCCAACCGCAUGCUUCAAAAGCAAUCCGAACAAAGAUACAAUCUUAUACUCUUUUCUGCUAGUUUUUAGACAACAGCGACAGGGAAAGCAAGCUUAGGAUUAACGAAGAAAGGAAGAACAUAUAACGGCGACCAAAGUAUUACCGGAACUUGUGAUAAAAUGUGCGAAACAGCUCAAUAAACUAGUUUAGAAUAAAGUGAGCAGCAAUCAGUAACCUCUAUUACGUGAAGCUAGCAAUAUGAUACAUGUUGAACAUAAGUUGCAAUAAUUCUAAAUUUUACCAUAUCUGUUGUAGGUCGGAAACGAAACCUUUUUUUGCACACGGACGUACUAUUAAGUG